CUUUCGUCUGUCUCGCAAGCACACGUCCAACAGUAAUCGACUCUGGGCUGCGUGCACUCUCCUUUACCGACAUACCUAAUACUCCGCGCCACCUCUCCUUUCCCCGCCACCCAGGAAGCGGCGAGACACAUGUCUCUUUCCCGAAACUACACCUGAACAACGAUAUGGAGUCGCCGCUGGCUCCAGGGGCCGCCAACGGUAGCAUACGCUCGCCGAGCCCAGCACCACCCGCGAUCGACCCCCAGAUUAUUGUCGACUAUGUCGAGAAGGUCCUCGAAGUCAACCUCGGUGCUUCAAGUGCGGACCUUCACGCGCCGGGCAGUCUGCUCUCCGAAUCCAGGAUCGAUGAUACCUUGCAGCGCUGCACUCGUUUCGCGCUUGAGUCGCAACAGGUUAUUUAUCUGGUCAAAGACAGGCUGGAUGAGGCUCGUAUCGACGGACUCGAUGGCACGAAUGGUGCCACCCAACACUUUCUCUACACUCUUUCUUCCGAACUUGUAGAUUCUCCCACGUGUGCGGCGUUCGUUGUCAUUUCUAAGCGACCGAUACCCAUAGACCCUGCGAUACCCAUUACCGAGCAAGUGCAGAUCACGACGCUGCCUGGCUUUGCUGCGUUCAACACCACUUCAUCGAAAGAUUCCUCUCCUUAUGAGUUCAUACGUUCGAUCCUACAUAAUUCGGUUCAACCCUACUUUAAUACAUUUACCAAAGGCCAGCAGAGCUUGGCAGGGACGUCUUUGAAGGGCGACAAUGAAUCUAGAUCUGGAAUCCCGGCAGCGCAGAGGAAGUUUCGCGAGCUAGACUUGACUCUGAGUAACCUGGGAGAUAACGUAGAGAUUCCGCAACUGCUACUCCCGCUGCACCCUAUGAUCAAGGCUGCGGUGGAAUCAGCAGAGGCUGAGAAAAAGACGCCAUCACCGGACUAUCUGCCCGCGGCCAUCGUGACGGACAGUGCGUUCUUGAAUGGCUUGCAAUCCACAGUCAACGGAUGGAUCAGGUCGAUUCAAACAAUCACCAAGACUGACCGAAAAGUGUCAACCGGCACAGCCACACAAGAGAUCAAUUUCUGGAUCUCAAUGGAAAACAGGCUCGACGAUAUCGAAGCUCAGCUCAGAAGCCCUGGUGUCAAAUUAACGCUGGACGUCCUUAAGAAUGCGAAGCGCUUCCAAGCGACCGUCAGCUUCAGCGCAGACACUGGUUUGAAAGAGACCCAUGACAAGGUCAUAAAGUAUAACCAGCUCAUGCGCGAAUUUCCGAUUGGAGAGCUUCUUUCGGCCACGUCGUUACAGAAAGUCCAAGAAGCAAUCCAGCAGAUCUUUGGCCACAUAAACAAGAAGCUCCGCAUCUGUCCGUACCCAGUGGAACGCGCCUUGCCUCUCGUGGAGGCUAUUUCCGCGGAUCUCGACAAGGUUCUGCAUGAUCUGCUUAGGGGCAAGGAACUGAUGGCUAUGGACUAUCCUGAAUUUCAGUCUGUCAUGGAGGUAGCAGACAGCAUCUGGCAUGCCUGGGACGAGAAUGUCAAAGAAUUUACCAAAGUUGCUCGUGAGGUUACUAGACGAAGGAAUGAGAAGUUCAUCCCGAUCAAAUUCACUGAUCGUCACCAACCUACGGAGGAGCGAAUACGAUAUGUCUCUACUUUCCGAAAGAACCAUGAACAGUUACAGCGCACGAUCGUAACUGUUCUCGGAUCGCAGACCUCGCUCGCAUCAUUGUCUGAUGGCGCAGAGAGCAAUCAGGCCGUGAUCGUCGAAGAAAUGGGCGAUGUUGAUGCUGUGAAAGAAGUAGAGAAAGCAUACGACGCAUUGAAAGAUGUAGACGUGCUUGAUGUCGAGCCAGAAGGCACUCGCCUCUUUGAGCAGGCUGAGCAGAAGUACAAUGAGCGGACUUCGCGUGUCGAAAACUCCAUCAUCGCCAGACUUCGGGAUCGUCUUGGUACGGCAAAGACAGCUAACGAGAUGUUCCGCGUCUUCUCCAAGUUCAACCCGCUGUUUGUGCGCCCAAAGAUUCGAGGAGCUAUCUCUGAGUAUCAGACGCAACUCAUCGAGAAUGUCAAGCAAGACAUCUCGGCCCUUCACGAGCGUUUCAAGCGACAAUACGGAAACUCCGAGGCGCACGCUAUGGCUCAGCUCCGCGAUUUCCCUCCCGUGUCAGGCGCGGUGAUAUGGGCACGACAAAUCGAGACGCAACUGGAAAAUUACAUGGGCAAAGUGGAAGACAUCCUAGGGAAGGAGUGGGCGUUGCAUGCCGAAGGGCAAAAGCUGCAGGCCGAGAGCAGUAUGUUCAAAAAGAAGCUUGACACUCGGCCGAUUUUCGAAUCGUGGAUACAGUCUGUUGCGCGCCAGAAGUUGUCAAUCUCGGGGCGUCUGUUCAUCGUUAAUCGAAACCGUGCGGCUGGUAACAUCCUUGAGCUACAUGUCAACUUCAAUGCCCAAGUAAUUGCGCUCUUCAAAGAAGUUCGGAACCUGACAUGGCGAGGCUACCAGGUGCCCCACGGUAUCAACAACAUUUCGAAAGAAGCCAAGCGAGUGUAUCCCUAUGCUGUCAGCUUGAUGGAGAGCGUGCGAACAUACACCCAGACAAUCCAGUCUGUCGUCGAGCUGACCGGUGUUGCUCUGCUGCUCAAUGGAUACUUGAAUGAUGUGCAAGGGCUCGUCGGAAAGGGUGUUCCUCUUAAAUGGGAGUCUUUCGUCCAUGCUUACGACCUUCAUAUCCGGCAGCCAGCAUUCUCGAAUGGUGCGCCUGGCAGCGUACGAACAGAGAGUAAGCACGUUCAAUUCGUCCGCGAAUUCGCUGCCUCCACUUCACUGUUGCAGACCAAAGUCGCCACUCUUGUGACCAUAAAUGCGACUGUCCAGAAGGCGUUGAAGGACUUGGAGACGUGCCCGUACAAUGCGGAUGCUUUCCGCCAGCAUUUGGAAAUCGUCCAAAGAUCGGUUGACCAGCUGAAUCUCGAGAACUACGCCAAUCUGGGAUCAUGGGUAGCCGCAAUGAACUCUCGUAUCGAGGCUAUUCUGUUGAUCCGACUGAACCGCGCCAUCGCGCAAUGGAUCGAGGUUUUCACCAAUGUUGACCAAGAGGAAGAUCGACGACCCAUCAGCCAACCCGCGACCGUGCAGAAUACCGAAGAGAAGCCCAGCCUUUCUCGCUUGACGCUGGAAAUCACCAUGCGCAACCAGGUGAUUUACCUGAACCCUCCUGUCGAAUAUGCUCGUGCCAGCUGGCUAGAACAGCUUCAGCAAUGGCUUGCGGUCAUAUGUACUCUGCAGAAGAUCAAAGCCUCGCGGUACGAGAUGCGAGUGGAGGCUGCAGAGAACGCAUCCAGCAAUCAGUUCUCCAACCUGGCCAGCCUAUGCACUGAUGCACUGAUGCAGGUGUACGGUGCGGUAGAGGGCAAGCUCCAUGACAUUUCCUCUUAUGUCGACGAGUGGUUACAAUUCCAGUCUCUGUGGGAUCUGCAGUCUGAUCAUGUCUACGAGAUCCUGGGCGAAGACCUUUCACGCUGGCUCCAGCUACUUCAGGAAAUCCGGAAGACUCGCGACACAUUCGACACUUCCGACAUCAGCCGCCACUUUGGGUAUGUUACCGUGGACUACGAGCAGGUACAGAACAAAGUCAGUGCCAAAUACGACCAGUGGCAGCAAGAGAUUCUCGUCAAGUUUGCUGGAAGACUUGGGCAGCGUAUGGUUGAGGUAUUUGCGCAGAUCGAGAAAGCGCGCAAAGACUUGGAAAUGCAGACCUUGGAGGCUUCCUCCACUGCCCAGGCUGUCUCUUUUAUCACUGUUGUUGAACAGUCCAAGCGAAAGGUCCUGGAAUGGGAACCCGAGAUCGACGUCUUCCGACAGGGGAAUUCCACUCUUGUCCGUCAACGUUACCAGACACCCGUCGAUUGGCUACAUAUGGAUCAAAUCGACCAUGAGUGGCAGAUGCUCACUGAUGUUCUGGAGCGCAAGUCGAAGAUCGCCAACGACCAGCGAGAUGCUCUUAGAGGCAAGAUCGAGGCAGAGGACAAGGUCGUGAACCAGAAGAUUGCCGACAUCAUUGCUGAGUGGAGUGAGCAAAAGCCGGUUGCCGGCAACAUUCGCCCCUCAGAGGCUUCGCAAACUCUCGAAACCUUCGACCGGAAAUUGAAUCAACUGCGCACCGAGUCAGAGAACAUAUCCAAGGCGAAAGAUGCGCUCAACCUUUCGAAAUCCGGCGAGACAGCUCUCACGGCUGUGCUUGAAGAAGUUCAAGACUUCAAGUCUGUGUGGGCGUCCCUUGCCACGAUCUGGGAGAGCAUCGAUACCCUUCGCGAAACACUCUGGAACAGCAUUCAACCACGUAAAUUACGCCAGAACCUAGACAACCUGCUUAAGAUGACUAAAGACAUGCCGAGCCGAAUGCGGCAGUAUCAGGCGUUCGAGUACGUACAGGGCACUUUGAAGCAGCUUCUCAAGGAGAACACCAUUCUCAGUGAUCUGCGAUCUGAUGCUGUGCGGGAACGACACUGGGCGCGCAUCUUCAAAAAUCUCAAACCCUCCAAGCGAUACUCAGCAAUCUCCAUGACCUUAGGUGACGUCUGGGACCUCAAGCUGGGCCCUAGCGAAAAGAUCAUUCGUGAUGUUAUUACCCAAGCUCAGGGUGAGAUGGCGCUCGAGGAGUUCCUGAAGCAAGUCCGCGAGACCUGGCAAGGUUACGGUUUGGAGCUCGUAAACUACCAGAACAAGUGCCGCCUCAUCCGUGGCUGGGACGAUCUCUUCGCCAAGUGCAGCGAGAACCUCAACUCUCUGCAGGCCAUGAGGCAUUCUCCGUACUACAAAGAGUUCGAAGAAGAUGCAUCAGCGUGGGAGGACAAGCUAAACCGUGUGCACGUUCUCUUUGAUGUCUGGAUUGAUGUACAACGCCAAUGGGUGUAUCUCGAGGGUGUGUUCACUGGUAACGCCGACAUCAAGCAUUUGUUGCCGAUGGAAUCUUCACGAUUCCAGAACAUCAACUCGGAGUUCCUGUCUGUUAUGAAGAAGGUAGUCCGCCAGCCUUUCGUUCUCGAUGUACUGAACAUCUCGGGAGUGCAGAAGUCGCUUGAACGCCUCGCGGAACUUCUCAACAAAAUUCAGAAAGCCCUGGGAGAGUACCUUGAGCGAGAGCGUGUAUCCUUCCCUCGUUUCUACUUCGUUGGUGACGAAGACCUUCUUGAGAUCAUCGGGAACAGCAACGACACACUGCGUAUUGCCAAACACCUUAGGAAGAUGUUCGCAGGGAUAUCCGGUCUCAUCACGGACGAGGAUGGCGUCAUCACUGGCUUCACCUCAAAGGAGGGGGAAGAGGUAAUGAUGCGAAAAGAAGUCAACUUGAUCAAGACUCCACGCAUCAACGAGUGGCUCGGUGCCUUGGAGAUGAGUAUGAAAACGACUCUUGCAGAACUCUCAUUCGAAGCCUACCAGGAGUUUGAACAAUUGAUGGCACCCGAUGCUAUGGACCCUGUAGCUUUUGAGGAGUAUCUCAACAAAUACCCUGCCCAAGUCGUGGUUCUUGGGACACAAAUCGCCUGGUCACACGCCGUCGAAAAGUCUCUUGUUGAAGAGGGUACGUCAUUGCCGCAACUGUACGAGAAGCAAGUCAACAUCCUGAAGCUUCUUGCAACAUCCGUGCUCGGCGACCUUGAGCCCAUCCAGCGAAGGAAAUGCGAACACCUCAUCACUGAAUUCGUCCACCAGCGAGACCUGAUUGACAAGCUUCAGAAGGUCGGAGCAAGCUCGCCUACCCACCACUUAUGGCUGCUCACUAUGCGCUACAUGUAUGAGCCGAACGACGACUUGCUGAAGCGGAUGAAGAUUAAGAUGGCGAAUGCGGUCUUAGACUAUGGGUACGAAUACCUUGGUGUGGCGGAACGCCUCGUCCGCACUCCACUGACUGACCGCUGUUUCCUCACCCUUACACAAGCCUUGUGCCAGCGUCUCGGUGGUUCUCCAUAUGGGCCCGCAGGUACCGGAAAGACAGAGUCAGUUAAGGCUUUGGGUGUGCAGCUCGGCCGCUUCACCCUCGUCUUCUGUUGUGACGAUACUUUCGACUUCCAAGCUAUGGGUCGUAUCUUCCUAGGUAUCUGCCAGGUCGGCGCCUGGGGAUGUUUCGAUGAAUUCAAUCGUCUGGAAGAGCGUAUUUUGUCAGCCGUCUCCCAGCAGAUUCAAAACAUUCAGCUUGGUUUGCGCACAGGUGCUGAAGACGAAAAAGCACAGAUUGACCUGAUCGGUCGCCAGCUUCGGGUCAAUCUCAACACUGGCAUAUUCAUCACGAUGAACCCUGGAUAUGCUGGACGAUCGAACUUGCCAGACAACUUGAAAAAGCUUUUCCGAAGUGUUGCCAUGUCUAAGCCGGACAAGGAGCUCAUUUCUGAGGUCAUGCUUUACUCGCAGGGAUUUUCCCAAGCCAAAGAACUAUCAAAGCAAGUCGUUCCCUUCUUUGACAAGUGCUCCGGCAAAUUAUCCAAGCAAGCACACUACGACUUCGGUCUGCGUGCACUGAAGAGUGUGCUUGUUAGUUCUGGUGGUCUGAAGCGAGCUCGCAUCGCAGUAAUAGAUACCAAGGAAGCCGAUGAGGCUGUCAUGGAGCCUCAGAUCAUCAUCCAGAGUCUGCGCGAGACUAUGGCACCAAAGCUGAUUGCCUCCGAUGUCGAGAUAAUGAAGGCCAUCGAGGGAGAGUCUUUCCCAGAUGUUGAAUACGUCCCUGCGCCUCUCGACAAACUCCAAGACGCCAUCCGCAAGUCGGCCGAAGAGUCCAAGUUCGUUGUUAGCGAUGCUUGGAUGACCAAGAUUAUCCAGCUGUACCAGAUUCAAAACCUACAUCACGGUGUCAUGAUGGUUGGUUCUUCCGGCUCUGGUAAAUCUGCAGCCUGGAAGACUUUGCUUGCCGCCCUGCAGACCGUGGAAGGUGUCGAAGGAGUGUGCCACGUCAUCGACCCCAAGGUCAUGUCCAAGGAAGACCUUUACGGAGUCAUGGACAGUACCACUCGCGAGUGGACCGAUGGACUUUUCACGAGCAUUCUUCGCAAGAUUGUAGACAACCUUCGUGGUGAAGACACGAAACGUCAUUGGAUCGUUUUCGAUGGCGACGUCGACCCUGAAUGGGUCGAGAAUCUGAACUCUGUCCUCGACGACAACAAGCUUCUUACUCUUCCGAACGGCGAGCGUCUCAAUCUUCCUCCAAAUGUUCGUAUCAUGUUUGAGGUCGAGACACUGAAGUACGCGACACUGGCUACCGUGUCCCGUUGCGGUAUGGUAUGGUUCAGCGACGACACCGUUGAAGUCGAGAUGAUGAUCAAGAACUACACCGAGAAUCUCAAGACGGUUCCUUUCGACGACAUCGAAGACGACUCGGUGGCACCGGGCCAGAUGUCCCAGAAGACCCUCGCCACGCAAAGUUUGAUCGCCGACUUCCUCCUCAUCAAGCUGACCCAGGACAAAUUUAUCGAGAAGGCACUCAGUAUGGCAAAGAAAUUCAAGCAUAUCAUGGAGUACACUGAGAUCCGCGCUCUCAAUACUCUCUUCUCGCUACUCAACAAGGCUUGUCGCAACGUUCUCGAAUACAACGUACAGCAUCAGGACUUUCCGCUGGAGGACGAGAAGAUGGAAGUUUAUAUAUCAAAGAAGUUGCUUCUCGCAUUGGUCUGGGCUCUUGUGGGUGAUUGCCCUCUGUCCGAACGCAAACAGUUCGGCGAUCUUGUUGCCGGCCUCACAGAUGUUGAACUCCCGUCGCUGAACGAGUCGACAUCCCUCAUUGACUUUGAUGUCAAGCCUGACAAGUCGGACUGGGAUAUGUGGCAGAACCAGGUGCCGACCAUGGAGAUCAACACACAUUCCGUCACACAGAACGACGUGGUUAUCCCAACUCUCGACACUGUGCGCCAUGAAGAUGUGCUGUACUCGUGGCUUGCCGAGCAUAAGCCACUCCUUCUUUGUGGUCCACCAGGUUCCGGUAAAACUAUGACUCUGUUUAGCGCACUGCGCAAGCUACCCAACAUGGAAACUGUCGGUCUCAACUUUUCCAGUGCCACCACUCCAGAUCUCCUCGUUAAAACAUUCGAGCAGCACUGUGAAUACAAGAAGACGCUUAACGGAGUGCAGCUCUCACCAACUCAGGUUGGCCGAUGGCUCAUCAUCUUCUGCGACGAGAUUAACUUGCCAGCACCCGACAAGUAUGGUACUCAACGAGCCAUAUCUUUCCUUAGGCAGCUCGUGGAGCAAAACGGCUUCUGGCGAACAUCCGACAAAACAUGGGUCACUCUGGAUCGCAUUCAAUUCGUUGGAGCUUGUAACCCGCCUACGGAUGCCGGCCGUACGCCUAUGGGACUACGGUUCCUCCGCCAUGCGCCGCUUAUUAUGGUCGACUACCCUGGCGAGCUAUCCUUACUCCAGAUCUAUGGCACUUUCAACAGCGCGGUAUUGAAGAUCAUUCCCACCCUUCGCGGAUACUCAGAGGCCCUAACGAAAGCCAUGGUGCAACUGUACUCCGAAUCCCAAAAGCGCUUUACCCCCGAUAUCCAGCCGCACUACAUCUACUCACCUCGUGAACUGACACGGUGGGUCAAAGGUAUAUACGAAGCCCUGCGUCCGCUUGAAACCUUGUCUGUUGAAGGUCUCGUCAGGAUCUGGGCGCACGAAGCUCUCCGGCUGUUCCAGGAUCGUCUAAUCGCCGAGGACGAACGCAAAUGGACGGAAGAAUGCGUUCACCGCGUGGCAAUGGAGCACUUCCCAACCAUUGAUGAAGACAAGGCACUCCGUGGACCCAUCCUGUACUCCAACUGGCUGUCCAAGAAUUACGUCCCUGUUGAGCGGGAUCAGCUGCGUGAUUUUGUCAAAGCACGUCUGAAGACCUUUUGUGAAGAAGAGGUUGAUGUGCCGUUAAUCCUCUUCAACGACGUUCUUGAACAUGUACUCCGCAUCGACCGUGUUUUCCGACAGCCCCAAGGUCAUCUGAUCUUGAUCGGUGUCAGCGGUUCAGGAAAGACUACCCUUUCCCGCUUUGUUGCCUGGAUGAACGGACUCAAGGUCUACCAGAUCAAGGUCCACGGCAAAUAUUCUGGUGAAGACUUUGACGAAGAUCUUCGAAACGUACUUCGUCGGUGCGGUUGCAAGGGUGAAAAGAUUUGUUUCAUUAUGGACGAAGCUAACGUGUUGGACUCUGGAUUUCUCGAGCGCAUGAACACUCUGCUCGCCAAUGCUGAAGUUCCUGGUCUUUUUGAAGGCGAUGAGUACGCCUCUUUGAUGACAGCCAUUAAAGAGGGAGCGCAACGCCAAGGUACCAUCCUCGACUCCCAAGAAGAACUCUACAAGUGGUUCACUGGACAGAUUGUCAAGAAUCUGCAUGUGGUGUUUACAAUGAACCCACCCGAGGAAGGUCUCUCGUCUAAGGCUGCCACUAGCCCUGCCUUGUUUAAUCGAUGCGUGCUCAACUGGAUGGGUGAUUGGUCUGACCAAGCCCUUUACCAAGUCGGUAGCGAACUCACUCAGUCUGUAGACUUAGAUCGCGCCAACUACAACGCACCCGACAGCAUUCCCGUUGCCUACCGUGGUCUCUCGCUUCCUCCUUCGCACCGCGAAAGUGUGGUCAAUGCCAUGGUCUACGUCCACCACUCUCUGCACGGCUUCAACAACAAGCUGCAGAAGCAGCAGAACAAGAAGACCUAUCUUACCCCUCGCCAUUUCUUGGACUUCGUGGCACAGUAUGUCAAGCUGUACAACGAGAAACGCGAAGAACUCGAGGAACAACAGCGCCAUCUCAACGUCGGUCUCGAGAAGCUGCGCGAGACCGUCGACCAAGUUCAAGAGCUCCGCAUAAGCCUAGCACAGAAAAAGACCCAAUUAGAAAAGAAGGAUGCUGAAGCUAACGACAAGCUGCAGCGUAUGGUCGCUGACCAGCGGGUCGCAGAGCAGAAGAAGUCGAGCUCUAUCGAAGUCUCGGCUAAACUCGCUCAAGAGGAUAUUGAGAUCCAGAGGCGUCAAGAGGAGGUGAACAAUGACCUCGCUGCGGCCGAGCCGGCUGUGUUGGAGGCUCAGAAGGCUGUGCAGAACAUCAAGAGGCAGCAUCUUACCGAAGUCCGAUCUAUGGGUAACCCGCCUAUGGGUGUCAAGCUUGCUUUAGAGGCUGUUUGCACGCUUCUCGGCAACAAGGUCUCUGACUGGAAAUCUAUCGUGGCCAUUGUGAGGAAAGACGACUUCAUUGCCAACAUUGUAACCUUCGACAACGAGAGGCAGAUGACCGCUCCGCUCCGGAAGAAGAUGAUGAACGAAUACCUAUCCAAAGAGGACUUCACGUUCGAGAAGGUUAAUCGCGCUUCAAAGGCUUGCGGUCCGCUUGUGAAAUGGGUGGAGGCUCAAGUGCACUACUCGGAUAUUUUGGAUCGUGUUGGACCUCUGCGUGCUGAGGUGGAGCAAUUGGAGGAAGCUGCUCAGGUGACGAAAGACGAAGCGAAGGAGACUCAAGCCCUGAUUCAGAAGUUGGAAGACAGCAUUGCUCAGUACAAGACGGAAUAUGCUGCGUUGAUCAGCGAGACCCAGGCUAUCAAGUCCGAGAUGAAGACGGUGGAAUCCAAGGUCGACCGCAGUCUGAAGUUGCUCGACAGUCUUUCGUCGGAACGCACACGCUGGGAGGCGAGCAGCCGCUCGUUCGACUCACAGAUCGAUACCAUUGUGGGCGACGUGCUUGUUGCAGCAGCCUUCAUCGCUUACGGAGGCUACUACGACCAGCAAUACAGGAAGGGCAUGAUGGAAGACUGGCUGCAUCACCUAUCACUUUCGGGUAUCACUUUCAAGACUCCAAACCCGAUCACCGAAUACCUGUCCACUCCUGAUGAGAGGCUUACGUGGCAGCACAACAGUCUACCAGUUGACGACCUAUGUACCGAAAAUGCCAUUGUUCUCAAGCGCUUCAACAGGUACCCGCUCAUCAUCGAUCCCUCUGGCCGGACCCAGGAGUUCUUGGAGAACGAGAACAAGGAUCGCCGACUCACCGUUACCAGCUUCUUGGAUGAUUCAUUCACGAAGCAGCUCGAGAGCUCCCUGCGUUUCGGUAACCCCAUCCUGAUCCAGGACGCUGAACAUCUGGACCCAAUCCUCAACCAUGUUCUCAAUAAAGAGUACCAGAAGACAGGAGGUCGUGUGCUCAUCCAGCUUGGCAAACAAGAGAUCGACUUCUCGCCUUCGUUUAAGGUGUACCUGUCUACGCGCGAUCCCUCAGCCAACUUUGCCCCAGAUAUCUGCAGUCGUACCACCUUUGUCAACUUCACAGUCACGCAGAGCAGUUUGCAGACACAGACUCUCAACGAAGUACUCAAGUCCGAGCGACCGGAUGUGGACGAGCGCCGGACAAACCUCAUCAAGAUGCAGGGCGAGUUCGCUGUUCAUCUGCGACAGCUUGAGAAGCGCCUGCUCCAGGCCCUCAACGAAUCCCAAGGAAAUAUCCUCGAUGAUGAUCGUGUUAUUGAGACCUUGGAGACUCUCAAGAAGGAGGCAGCAGAGAUCUCAGUCAAGGUCUCGGAGACUGCUGGUGUUAUGACAGAGGUCGAAAACAUUACCAAGGAAUACGCCGUCGUUGCUCGCUCGUGCUCGGCCAUCUUCGCGGUUCUGGAGCAACUGCACCAUCUCAACCACUUCUAUCAGUUCUCGCUGCAGUACUUUACCCAGAUCUUUGGAACCGUGCUACGCAACGUCAAGAACUCCAGCCUCACCUCCCAUGCUGACCGUAUCAACCGGAUUGUCACCGACCUAUUCAUCGACACGUACCGCCGUACGUCGCUUUCCCUGCUUCAGAAGGAUCGAGUCACACUAGCGAUGCUACUCGUACAGGCAGCGCCCUACAAGAUGGACAAGACUUUGAUUGAUAUCAUUCUUGAUGAAGACCUGGAGGGCGUCGAUCUUUCCAGUCAGCCUGAACGUAUGAACGAGGUCAUGGCCCGUGCGGGCAAGGUAUCCGUCUUCAAGUCUGAGCUUGGCAAGGUGGAUGAUGUCACUUGGGAGACCUUCCUCGCCGAAGAACUCGGAGAGCGCCAUGUGCCUCCAGCCUGGCCGGCAGAUGUCAACAACUACGAUCAGCAGCUGCGCGCACUCGUUCUAGUCAAGUUGUUCCGAGUUGAUCGCUUCGUUCCCGCGGUUGAGCGUUUCGUUACCGAUGUCUUUGGCAAGGGUCUACUGGAUGCCAGUGGCGACUUGGGUGACAUCGUCAAGCAAGUCAAUGCGACUACGCCCAUCGCACUGAGCUCCAGCCCUGGUUUCGAUGCCAGCUACAAGGUUGACAAUCUGGUUGAGAGGGAGCAUGUCACUUGCUCUAAUAUUGCCAUGGGUUCUAACGAAGGCGCUACCACUGCCGACAAGGCUAUCGCCAACGCUGCUACAACAGGCGACUGGGUCCUUGUCAAGAACGUGCACCUGGCUACUGAGUGGCUCCAGUCACUUGAGAAAAAGCUCGAAGCUCUCAAGCCUAAUCCCGACUUCCGACUCUUCCUUUCUAUGGAGUCCAGUCCAAAGAUUCCUGUCAAUCUACUGCGCGCCUCCCGUGUCUUGUCGUACGAGCAACCGGCCGGUAUUCGCGCCAACAUGAAAGACUCAUUGGCUUCACUAUCGGAGAGGGCUACCAAGCAUCCAGUUGAGAAGGCCCGCAUCUAUCUUUUACUGUGCUUCUUCCAUGCAGUCGUGCAAGAGCGCCUGCGAUAUGCGCCUACAUUGGGAUGGAAAGGCUUCUGGGAAUUCAACGACAGCGAUUAUGAAUGCUGCAGCUUCAUCGUCGACACCUGGGUCGACAAUGUCGCCCAGGGCCGCUCCAAUGUUGCCCCCAACAAGAUCCCCUGGGACAUGAUCCGCACGCUCGUCACAGAGAUGUACGGCGGCAAGAUUGACGACGAAGCCGACUUCCGCACGCUCGCAUCCCUCGUUCAGCAGUGCCUGACGCCCGCCGCUUUUGAAGACAACUACAAGAUCGUUCCCGACACGGAGCUGAGCCAGGGCUUGGAGCUGCCAAGCGCCACCGGCUGGAAGGACUUCAUGGGAUGGGUCAACGACCUGCCUGAGCGCGAACCCCCGACGUAUCUGGGCUUGCCGGCGAACGCGGAGAAGCUGCUGCUGGUUGGGCAAGCGAAGAGCAUGGUGGCGAAUUUGAAGAGGGUUGUGGAUAUGUUAGACGAGGGGGAGCAAAUUAUGGCGGAGGCGGAGGCGGAGGGUGCGGCGGAGACGUAGAAUACCCUCAGACUAUCAUGGCUGCUCUAUGAGCGUCGUUUCAUUUGUCAUCUGUUUGGAAGGGCAAGGGCGUUUGUGGCUUGUGCUUAUGGCGGCAUGGACAUCAGCCGGAUAUUGGCAUACCAAAGCGGAGUUCAUGGGGUCUUAGCCAUGGGAAUGGGUCGGAUAUGCUGAUAUACCCAUCUCUUUUGUUUUCGUGACUUUUGGUCAGUUUUUGUAGCUAUCAGAACGCAGCGAAUGCUUUUGCGAAUACCC